UUUCCCCGUGAACAGGCCCUAUUAGUCUCACAGAGUGGGUUAAAACAUACAAGCAUAACAACGGGAUACAGGAUCUUUAGGGGGAAAAAUCAUAGGCGUGCGGCCCGUGGGGGCGGGGGUGGGGCUGCAACUGUUUGUCACUUCUCGACCUUUCUCGGCUUUCAACACGGACCGCCAAUUACGCAGUGUCAAAUUACCUAAUUCCGUCGUUCAUUCAAACAAAGGUCGUCUUUCGCCAUUUCUUCUCGCAAUGCCCAAAUACAAGCUUUCAUACUUUCCAAUUAGAGGCAGGGCCGAAGCCAUCCGGAUUGUGUUCGCAGUAGCCGGAGUUGAAUUUGAAGACAAUAGAGUUGGUCCGAAAGAGUGGUUUACAGAGCUGAAACACUCUGGAUUAAGCCCCUCUGGCCAGUUACCAGUAUUAGAAGUUGACGGAAAAAUCCUUACUCAAUCCAAGGUUAUCCUCAGCUAUGUGGCCAAGGAACUAAAUCUUGCUCCAGAAGGUAAUUUCCAACUGGCUCAGGCAGACAUGUUGGCUGAUGUGAUCGGUGACUUAGAAAGCAUGCUAUCUGAAGCAUUUAACGAGAAAGAUCCGGAUAGUAAGGAGAAAGCCUUAGCCACUGCUUCUGAAGAAGCCAUCCCAGCGAAAUGUGGAUAUUUUGAAAAGUUCUUGGUCGCCAAUAGUAAACAUGGAUUCUUCAUCGGAGACAAGCUGACCUAUGCAGAUAUAGUGGUGUUUACCUUUCUAAACAGCUACUUUGCGAAAGGAAAGGCGCAGGGAAUUCCUGAACAACUGAAAGAAUAUCCCACCUUAUCGGCAUGGUACGAGCUGGUCCGAACACAACCUAAGGUUCUGCAGUGGUUGAAAAAUCCACCAGCUGGCAUGGUUGACUACAUUUACUAAGACAGCUAGACAUAAAAAAAAAAACAGAGACCGUGGAUAACAAGAUGUGCCGAUGAUUUUUUUUUUUAACUUUUUUUCUUCUUAGAGAAUUUAAGUAGUGUUUAUCAGUCUUAAGCUGAAAAACAACGAUUCGUGCAAAUGACAAAUUUCUCGACUUAAUGUAAGAAAAAUCAUAUUGCUGGCAUACGCAACAUUACUGAUAACAGUUACUAAAUAUACUUUUCAGCAUAUUUCGACUUUAAA